GGGAUGCUGUUCAAACUGACUGCUGCCUGAACAAUCAGGAAAUUCAGAAGUGACACAGAUACUGGAGCAGCAUUGCAGCUAAUAGACAUUUUGUUGGCUCACACAACACAACCAUGGCUAGCGAAGCCAGGGACAAUAAGACUCCUGAAUGUUUUCCAGUGGAUGACUACAUAAAGAGAUCCUACCUUCCGAUCAUGUAUGGGAUCAUAUUUGUAGUGGGGCUUGUGGGUAACAUCACCUCAAUCAUCAUCUACGUGGUCAGGCUGCGCCCAUGGAAGAGCAGCAGCAUCAUCAUGGUGAACCUUGCCUUGGCAGACCUCCUGUAUGUUCUGUGUCUGCCCUUCCUGGUCCACUACUACAUCCACGACGACUGGAUCAUGGGCGAGGCCAUGUGUCGCAUUGUUCGCUUUAGCUUCCACUUCAACCUGUACGGCAGCAUCCUCUUCCUCACCUGCCUGAGUGUGUUCCGCUAUGUGGUCGUAGUCCACCCACUGAGGGCAGCCCAGGUGCAGAGGAUGAGCUGGGGUGUGAUCGCCUGCCUGGCUGUGUGGUUCAUAUCUGUGUUGGAGAUUAUACCCAUGGUUUACAUGAUCACUGUGAAGAAGACUGAGAACAAUAUGACGUCAUGCCUGGAUUUUGCUAGUAAUGAUCCAGAAGAGGUGUGGGUCUAUGGCUGGCUACUCACUGUCCUGGGCUACCUACUCCCCCUAGUGGUGGUGUGCCUGAGUUACAUCCGUGUUGCAUGUGAGCUGGCCGGUGGGCCACAUGAGGGCCGUCCAAACAGGGUGCGUGCCCGCAGGAUGACUGUGCUGAUCCUGGUUGUGUUUGUGCUAUGCUUCACACCCUUCCACAUCCUCCGUGCCCUGCGGGUGUACACCCAGAUGGAAGCCCAAAGGCCGGUGCCCUGUAUGCUGCUGAUAGGGGUCAAUGCAGCCUACACCAUCUCCAGACCCCUGGCAGGGCUCAACACCUUCUUCAACCUGGCUCUGUACACUCUGGCUGGAGACAGGUUCCACCAGGCGGUCCUUGGCCUCCUCCGCUGGAGACCCCAGUUUCUCAAGACCAAGAGGCCCAUCAUGGUGGCAGUGAUCAGCCAACCAGGCAGAAACAGUAUGUCACAGGCUAACGUGCUAAAGAGCUGAGUCAAAAUACUACACAACAUUUUAUAUACAUAUGGUUGAUUUACUUCAUUUCAAAACACAGAAGUCUAUUUUUUGGUGUUGACAAAAAUAACUAUGUCCUCUUUACUACUUACUAACAUAGUAACUUACAAAUGCACUGCUCACCUUUGAGUAACUUUAUUAGGUGCUGUCUUUCUAGGGUGACCAUGUUUCUGAACGUUACUGAUAUUGUCAAAAUAUUUUUGCCAUAAAGCUGGUUCUGUCAACUGCCGUGCAAGAUAAAUCACAGCAGGGUGCUCUUAUCUUGAGUAGACUGGAUUCAGUAGGGAAAUGCUAGGUUUCUGGGUCAGUCUGUAAUUGACAAUACAUUGCAUUAUAACAAGCUGUACAAUCAUACAACAUAUAAUCAUGUUAACAAUUAAAUGUGUUAAUCAC